AUGGGAGGCAGUACAUCUAUCCCGAAUUCAAUCAGUACUAAUUCUGAACAAUGCUCGAAACUUGUUUCAGACACCCAAUUACCCAUUAUGUCAGGACUUUCAUCAUACGAUGUGAUUUGUCUGGGUGUUGGUAAAGGUGCUACAGCUGUCUAUUUCGAUCAAACGAGUAGUUCAUUUGCUCUUGUACGUCGUUCGACUGGAGAAUGUAUUCUUCUCAUUGAUAUGGGUCUUGGUUCAAUUUUUGCUCUUCAAAAAUACAUAAAAGAUUUUCAAAUUAAACCACGGCAAAUAUUCAUUUCGCACAAUCAUACUGAUCACAGUGGAGAGUUACCUGUAUACAUUGCAAAUGAAGCUUUGAAAUCUCUUGUCCGAAUCGUUUGUUACGUUGGCAUCCAAUCUCGUCUUCGCCACCAGAGAUGUGCUGAACUUGAUUCGUCGACAACGGAUCUGUUCCAUAACGUUCAAUGGAUUACUUGUGACGAAUCGCAAGAUGUUGAUUUAGACUCUGGAGAUCCGAAUUCAAAAUUGAAAAUACGUGUUCACCAAAGUCAACACAGUGAACUAUGCGCUGGUUUCGUCUUGUAUGAGAAUAACCAAGCGAUUCUUAGUUUCUCUGGUGAUUCAGGAUUCAAUGUGCCGUUUUACACAUUUCUUUGGACCGCACCAACGAUUUUAGUCGACGGCCGGCAAACGACUACUUAUGAACAUGCAAGUUUUGAUGAAAUCUUAAACUUUCAUAAAGCCAAAAGCAUUCCACGGCAAGUUCUUGUGUAUCACUACGGUCUUGAAAGUGACAAACCAAAGUUUCCUGAUGGUACCAUCUCAGCUAUAUCACCAGGUCAAACUGUACAGUUAACAUUGCCGUCAGACAUUUAA